CUUUGCCCCGGGCCAGGGCGCUUUGGCUCGCCCACGGCCGCACUGGGCAUGCUCAUAGGCAGCGGCGGGGGCAGGUUGGCUUCACUAGCUCGCACUCGCGGCAGCGGGCUGGCGCGAGGCUGCAGCUGGAGCUCUGGUGCUGGGACUUGGAGUUGCUAGGAGUUUCCCCGACCCCUCCCUCCUCGCCGCGCGGCAGCAGGAGCCCGCGCGGGAGCAGCGCAGCAGCGAGCAGCCAGCAGCCGAGCCGGGCCAGCGUGGUCCGCAGCCCGGAUCUCCACGCGGGGUAGCAACGGGGGAGCACUGUCUCCAGUUGGGACGCGUGCCCUGCACUAGGCACCGCCCGAGCACGAGCCAGGCUGCACGAAAAUUCCCUGCGUGCCCUCCUCGUUUGCUCUACAAUGAGUGCCAAAUCUGCCAUCAGCAAGGAAAUUUUUGCACCUCUUGAUGAAAGAAUGCUGGGAGCUGUCCAAGUCAAGAGGAGGACAAAGAAAAAGAUUCCUUUCUUGGCAACUGGGGGUCAAGGCGAAUAUUUAACUUAUAUCUGCCUAUCAGUGACAAACAAGAAACCCACACAGGCAUCUAUCACAAAGGUCAAACAAUUUGAGGGUUCCACGUCAUUCGUCCGCAGAUCCCAGUGGAUGCUUGAGCAGCUUCGCCAGGUUAAUGGUAUCGAUCCUAAUCGGGAUUCUGCAGAGUUUGAUUUGUUGUUUGAAAAUGCCUUUGACCAAUGGGUUGCUAGCACGGCUUCAGAAAAGUGCACCUUCUUCCAGAUCCUCCACCAUACCUGCCAGAGGUACCUCACAGACAGGAAGCCAGAAUUUAUUAACUGCCAAUCCAAAAUAAUGGGAGGAAACAGCAUCCUCCAUUCAGCUGCUGAUAGUGUGACCAGUGCAGUACAGAAGGCAAGCCAGGCCUUGAAUGAGCGCGGGGAACGGUUAGGCCGAGCAGAGGAGAAGACAGAAGACAUGAAGAACAGUGCUCAGCAGUUUGCAGAAACUGCACACAAGCUUGCCAUGAAGCACAAAUGUUGAGAAACUGCCUAUCCUGGUAAACCUCUAAAGAAAAUGGAAGAAUCUGUUCAGCGGUGAUUAUGAGAAUUCGGGACUGCUGCUUCUUUCAUUUUGUUCUGUUUGUCUGUUGGUCAGUUUUUCCAGUAUCUGGACGUUAAGUGGUUUUGU